UAUUGUUGUAAGCUAUACUGAUUUAAAUAAAAUCACCUGCCAUCCCUUAACAUUUUCUUUAGUAAUUGUUUAAUGUAAAAUAUCUUAUUGCACAUUACACAAAUGAAACAGCCGAAAGGUUUCGUCAUCAUGGUCCUAGAGCCGUCAACUUCCUGCAGACACUGCUCAACGCGAACCAUCACCUUACUGUAAAUGCGACGUGUCUGUGUCUCGAUUCAGAUGUGAAUAUGGAUUCUCUCCAGCCUGGCAGCCCACGUCUAGCGGACCAAAUACCUCCUUCUGCUCAAGAUGACAUGAAACCACAAGAGAGAGAUAUGCCAGCAAAAAAACGAGGGAGAGGCAGGCCACCAAAGGCCAAAUCGCCCUUUAAAUGCUCUGCAUGUACGGAGGUCUUCAGAAAUAUCUCAGCUCUAUCAAGCCACAAAUUGUCUGCACACUCAAAAGAACGCCCGCAACCACUCUCUUGUUCUCAGUGUGAUAAAACAUUUCCUAACAAGGCUCAGCUCUCUAAGCAUGAGCGCAGCCACUCAGCUCAGAGGCCCUUUCAGUGUCCCGACUGUCACAAAGCCUACAAGACUCCCACUGAGCUCCGCAACCACAGCCGCUCUCACACAGGUGAAAAGCCCUUUGUCUGCAAUGAGUGUGGGAAGGCCUUCAUGCAGGCUAUAUGUCUGAGAAUCCAUAUGACACAACACAAUGGAGAGCGCCCAUACUCUUGUCGCCAGUGCUCCAAAAGUUACCCCACCUUAUCCAAACUGAAGGUGCAUAUGCGCUCCCACACAGGCGAGAAGCCCUAUUUUUGUGCAGAGUGUGGGAAGAGUUUUGCUGACCCCUCUGUUUUCAGGAAGCACCGGAGGAAUCACCAGGGCCAUCGGCCUUAUGCCUGUGAAGAGUGUGGUAAAACUUACACAGAACUGAAGGAUCUGAAGAACCAUGAGCGCUCUCAUACUGGUGAAAAGCCCUAUCUGUGCUCAGACUGUGGGAAAGCCUUCUCCCGCUCCUCAUCACUGGCGUGUCACCAGCGCAUCCACUCCCAGAACAAACCCUACCAGUGUGAACAGUGUGGCAAAGGGUUCACCCAGCUGUCCUCUUACCAGUCUCACCUCCGCACCCACUCUGGAGAGAAGCCCUUCCUCUGUCCACAGUGUGGCAAGAUGUUCUCCGACCCCUCUAGCUUCAGACGACACCAGCGUGCACACCUGGGUUUUAAACCUUAUCCUUGUGACAAAUGCUCCAAGAGAUUUAGACAGCCGGCUGAUUUGGCUGUGCAUGAGCGAGUGCACUCUGGAGAGCGGCCCUUCAAAUGCAUGAGCUGUGACAAAGCCUUUGUAGCAUCAUGGGAUUUGAGACGCCACAUGCUUGUUCACACAGGACUCAGACCUUUCUCCUGUACUGAGUGUGACAAGUCAUUUGCUGAGCGCUGCAGCCUCAACAAGCACCGGCGUGUGCACUCAGGAGAGCGCCCUUUUAAAUGUGGAGAGUGCCUAAAGUCUUUUGUGGUGUCUUCCAGUCUGCGUAAACAUGAAAGAACCCAUCUGAUAGAGCAGACAGUGCAGCAACAGGCACAAGAAACUGACACUGGGUCAGCCUGUGAGGUUAAUGCCAACACAAAUCUCCCUCAGCUCUCAUCUACCCACAUUGAUGCCACCUUUGGGACAUGGGAUGAAGUACAGGCCCCCGAGAGCCUUCACACUGUGGACUCAACCAGUGCAGCUGUGACCAAAGUGAGUGUACAUGUCUGUGAGACCUGUCAGGCAGAGUUCACUCAGCUGACUGAACUUCAGGAGCAUGAGAAGCACCCUAAGCCCCGGCCCCAUGUGUGCGACAACUGUGGUAAAGCGUUUCACAACAAAUCAGGGCUGCGCAAACACCAGAAGAUCCACUCCAACAGCAAGCCCCAUAGCUGUUCCCAAUGUGGCAAAACAUUUCUGUUUGCUGCAUACCUUCGCAAGCAUUUACGAACUCACGCAGCAUCUACCACAGCCACUGAUUUGAACACUGUCCACACAGACCGCUUUCCAUCUGCUCCCAGCCCUACAGAGGCUCCACCCAGCACAGUGGAGACCAGCGCUAUUGCCCUAACUGUCCCUGUCACUGCCUUUCAGACUCUCCCAGAGUACUUGGUCAAACAAGAGGAACUUUCCUCUGUCUAGUAUUUUACCUGUGGGCAACAAUAAUGAGAUCUUCUUUAAUGAAAAUUAAGUUUUAUCCAUGUUUGAUUCUUCUCAAAAUAUAUGUUGAAAAUAUGUAAAAGUUGAAACUGUCAUGAAAAGUCUCCUAACAUUCAGUAACUGUUUCAUUACCAUUUGUAUUCAUUUCAGUUGUUUGUUAUCUUAGUUUAUCAUGCAAAAAAUAUUGUAAAUACUCAAACAGUCAUUUUGGCAUAAAAUGAACAUAUUUCUUCCCUUGUUAUCUGUUAGUAUUAUUGAAAGCUCAAUCAACCAUAUGUCAUAUGUUUGGUCAAGAACACAUACAUUAAUUACUCAAAAAUCAAAUGCAAUAUGAUGAGGCAUUUUAAUUAAAGUAUUAGCUAUUGCCCAAGUAAUAAAUGCACAUUCAUAGACACAUACACCUCAACAAAUCUAUAUUUACUUUUAACUUUUGCAAUUACCCCUAUAUCAUAUAAUACUAGAAGAAUUAAAGAAGUUUUAAAAAUACACUGCAGUAUAUGGAUUUCUGUGCCUUUUAUUUUCCUUGAUCAAUAAAUGAUUAUAUAAGAAAUGUGUAGAAACAUCUUCCAAAAAUCUGCAAAUUACAGAACCAGGGGAGGCAGCUGAGCUUUUUUUUUUUUUUUUUUUACAGAUUUACUGAUUGUGCCACUUUCUUGAAAUAGCAUACAAUGUUCACAUUAUUUUUAAAAAAGUGACUGGACACAGGCACAAUACAA